AUGGCGCAACGACCUCAGUUAGAUACGGGUGCCGUACCGUACCCGUCGCCAUACAUGUCGGUCCCCAUGGACUAUGGCUACGCACUGGGAUACCAUAACACCAUGGCCCCGAUGCGUGGUAACCACGGAUUAUCGCUGUCGGCCGCUUCUUCGGUGUCGGGUGUUGACAUCGAAUCCCACCCCUCGCAAGAAGGCAGCUUCGAGCAAUCACUCGUCGACACCAUGGGCCACUAUGACUCCAAGACUAAAAAUGUGAAACGGCGUAUGCAGAAUCGCGAGGCCCAGCGCCGGUUCCGCGAGCGCAAGGACCAGCAACAGAAAACUCUGCAGGCGAAGGCAGAGGAUCUCCAGACCAAAUACCAAAAGCUCUCCGACCAAUACACUCAGCGGACGGAUGAGGUCUGCCGGUUACUCAAGGAGAACGACUCGCUCCGGAGCGAGGUCAAAACGCUGCGUCAGCAAUGGCAAAUCAUCAUGGCUCUCAUGCAUCGUCCUCGAUCCUCACACUCCAGGACGCCAUCCCUGGCCGAGGAGGAUUCGCCCCCCCCGUCUCUGUGCUCGCUGGACAAGGGGACGAUGCUGGACGAUGUUUGGCGUCGGUUGGACGAGUUUCGAUCAACAGACGACAAGCCUAGCAGUCCGAGUUAG